UCAGAAUUUUUCUCUCAAGAGUCCACAGCAGGCUCGACUACUCGCAAGGGGGGAAAAAGGGGGGAAAAAUUAAAAAUUAAAAAUUAAAAAAAAUGGGUCGUUUCUCAAUCUUGCGGUUGAUCGUCCUAUGCUCUCUUUGUCUCGACCUUGGCUUUGUCCAAGCAUUUACAGGAACUUAUGGCAUAAAUUAUGGGCAAAUCUCCGAUAACAUCCCCGGGCCCGAAAACGUAGUUAAGCUUCUAAAAGCAGCAAAGAUUAAAAAUGUUAGAAUUUUUGAUUCAAAUCACACUGUUAUAGAGGCAUUCAAAGGGUCUGGGCUUGAGCUAAUUGUAGGUCUCAGCAAUGAACAUGUGAAAGAUAUGAAUGCAAGUGAAGACAAGGCUUUAGACUGGGUUGAGGAUAAUGUUCAGCAGUUUUUGCCCGAAACCCCUAUAAGAGGAAUUGCUAUAGGAAAUGAAGUUUUGGGGGGUUCCGAUCAAGAACUGGAACAGGCUUUAGUGGGCGCCGUUAAAAAUGUUUAUCGAGCUCUUGAUAGGCUUCACUUGACGAAUCUUGUUCAGGUCCUGACGUCACACUCUCAGAAUGUGUUUGCUAGUUCUUAUCCUCCAUCGUCUUGUGUUUUCAAUGAGAAUAUUGUUCAAUAUAUGAAGCCACUGUUGGAAUUCUUUACAAAGAUUGGGUCUCCAUUCAAUAUCAAUGUGUAUCCGUUUAUAGCAUAUAAGGGUGAUUCUGCGAAUAUUGAUAUUAAUUACGCAUUGUUCCAGUCAGACUCGGGAAUUUAUGAUGAGAAAUCGGAUUUGCAUUAUGACAAUAUGUUUGAUGCAACGGUGGAUGCGGCUUAUUUUGCUUUACAGGAUGCAGGGUAUGAGCAAAUGGAAGUGAUUGUUACUGAGACUGGUUGGGCUUCAAGCGGUGAUGAAGAUGAGGCGGGAGCUACGGUUCAGAAUGCUAGGACAUAUAAUUUCAAUCUGAGGAAAAGGCUUGCAAAGCGAAGAGGGACUCCGCAUAGACCGAAAAUUGUGAUGAAGGCAUAUAUUUUUGCGUUGUUUAAUGAGGACUUGAAGUCUGGCCCUGGUUCUGAGAGGCAUUAUGGAUUGUAUAAACCAGAUGGAACCAUUGCUUAUGAUAUUGGAUUUCCCAGUUUGAAGAAGUCACAUGCAUCUUUAUCUCUCUUGUCCAUUAAGAUUAAUAUGCAUUGCUGCUCACAACAAGUAUAACGGUAUGAACUAACUAAAAUUUUCUCUGAACUAUUAGGUCAUACCAAUCCAUAUAUGUUAGCACAUGUACUAUAUAUGAUUUGUACACCUUGAGCUAUUACUGACACUUAGCAUGUAUCGCUUCUCUUUGAUCUUCAGUGUGUACCUUAGCAUUCAACUGAGUGGUACCAUUUAAAUCCUGAAAAAAUUAUCUCGAUAACUGAUUGAUUGUCAAUCCUGUCACUAUGGUUGCAUUUAUGUGUGUUCUUGGCUCUGUAAAUUCCACAUAAAGGUGCUAACAGUAGACUUUGAGUCCAAUCCUACACAUGCAAAAUCAGUUAAAGUAUUCAUAUACCAAUACUAUAUGUUGAUCUUGAUUUACUGAAAUUCAAAUGCAUAGAAUGACAAACCCAUUCUUUGGCAAUCAUGAAAUACAUCAGAAGGUGAAGGCUAAAAUCCACUGGGCUUUACUUUCCAAAUUCUCAGUUGACCACAAUCCCAGCUUCUAUAUAUAUGCUCUUUAAAUGCUCUUUCUUUAAUUGUCUUAC